AUUUCUUUUGUUUUUCUUAAAAUUUUUAUUAUUAUUAAUAUUCUUUUAAGUAUUGCUUUUAUUACACUUCUAGAACGGAAAAUUUUAGGAUAUAUUCAAUAUCGUAAAGGGCCUAAUAAAUUAGGUAUUAUAGGGCUAUUACAACCUUUUUCAGAUGCUAUUAAACUCUUUAGAAAAAAUAAAUUAGACCUAAAUUACUAUAAUAAAAUUAUUUACUUUAUUUCCCCUAUGAUAGCUCUUACUCUUAUACUUUCUUUUUGGAUGAUAAUUUAUUUUCCUUUUUCAAAGGGUAAGAGCAUUAAUUAUGAAUUUUUAAUAUUCUUAUUUAUUUCAAGUAUAAGAAUUUAUCCUAUUAUUUUUAGUGGUUGAUCUUCUAAUUCUAAAUAUGCUAUCUUAGGUGCUUAUCGAGGUGUAGCUCAAACUAUUUCUUAUGAAGUAAGUUUCUCUUUUAUUUUAAUUAGUCUAUUAAUUUUAAAUAAUAAUAUUAAUCUUUCUAAUCUUAAUAUUAUUCAAAUAAACUUUAAAUGAUUAAUUUUUGGUUUUUUCCCUAUAUUUUUAAUUUGAAUAACUAUUUUAAUAGCAGAAACUAAUCGAACACCUUUUGAUCUAGCUGAAAGUGAAUCUGAACUAGUCUCAGGUUUUAAUAUUGAAUAUAGAGGUUUAGAAUUUGCUUUAAUUUUUAUAGCUGAAUAUGGUAAUAUUAUUUUUAUAAGAUUUGUUACUUCAAUAUUAUUUUUAGGAGGUUCUUCUUAUUUUCUAACUCUUAAAAUCUUAAUCAUUAGAAUUUUAUUUUUAAUUAUUCGAGGAACUUUAAUUCGAUAUCGUUAUGAUAUAUUAAUAUAUAUAGCUUGAAAAACUAUUCUUCCUUUUAGUAUAACUUUUCUUUUGUUUUCAACUAUUUAUUUCUUUUUUUGACUUAAUUUGAGAAUCCACUAA